AUGGGUUGUUUUUAUUAUUACAUAUUCUGUGUUGUUUUGUUUCUAUACAUUGAAAACUAUUUGGCUUCUUCAAUUGAAGAUCAAAAGAGAGAUAAGAUAAGUGGGUUACCAGGGCAACAAGGGAAUGUUGGAUUUGAGCAGUAUUCAGGUUAUGUGACUGUGAAUGAACAGAAUGGAAGAGCACUUUUUUACUGGUUGACUGAAGCUCCACUGAGCCGUGGACCAAAUUCAAGGCCACUGGUUUUAUGGCUUAAUGGUGGUCCUGGUUGUUCUUCUAUUGCUUAUGGUGCUUCCGAGGAAAUUGGCCCUUUUCAUAUUAAGUCUGAUGGCAAAUCACUUUCCUUGAAUCCUUAUGCUUGGAACAAUUUGGCAAAUAUACUGUUUCUUGAUUCUCCAGCUGGCGUUGGUUUUUCUUAUUGUAAUAAAACAACAGAUCUGUACACAUUUGGUGACAAGAAAACAGCUGAGGAUGCAUAUAUUUUUCUUGUUAAUUGGUUUGAAAGAUUUCCUCAGUAUAAGCAUAGAGAUUUCUACAUUGCUGGGGAAAGUUAUGCAGGUCAUUAUGUUCCUCAAUUGUCUCAAAUUGUUUACCAGAGAAAUAAAGGAAUCAAUAAUCCAGUUAUCAAUUUUAAGGGCUUUAUGGUUGGAAAUGGUGUUACCGAUGAUUAUCAUGAUUAUGUUGGAACAUUUGAGUACUGGUGGACACAUGGUUUGAUUUCCGAUUCCACGUAUAAAAUUCUAAGAAUUGCAUGUGACUUUGGAUCAUCUCAGCAUCCAUCAGUGCAAUGUAGGCAGACUCUUAGACUCGCACUUGCUGAGCAAGGAAACAUUGAUCCAUAUAGCAUUUAUACACCGCCUUGUAACAAUACGGCGUCAUAUAAACGCAACUUGAACGGUCGUUACCCAUGGAUGUCAAGAGGGUAUGAUCCGUGUACUGAAAGGUAUUCUGAGUUGUAUUUCAAUCGUCCAGAUGUUCAGAAGGCACUUCAUGCCAAUGUAACAGGGAUUCCAUAUACAUGGAAAACAUGCAGUGAUAUUGUUGGUAAUUAUUGGACUGAUUCGCCAUUGUCUAUGCUUCCUAUAUAUCACGAACUUAUCAAUGCUAGUCUACGAAUAUGGGUAUUCAGUGGAGAUACUGAUUCUGUAGUUCCACUAAGCGCCACACGAUAUUCUAUCGACGCAUUGAAGCUUCCAACCAUCGUCAGUUGGUAUCCUUGGUAUAACAGUGGCAAGGUUGGUGGAUGGAGCCAAGUUUAUAAAGGGCUCACAUUUGUGACAGUAAGAGGCGCGGGACACGAGGUUCCUCUUCAUAAGCCGCGCGAAGCGUUUAUUCUUUUUAGAUCAUUCUUGGAGAACAAGUACAUGCCAUCACCAAGUUAA